UCAUUCGGUUAGAAAAAAGUGUGGCGUUUUAAAUAUUUGAAAUACAAUACAACGAAAUAUUUGAAGUACCUAGUUACGGUUGUAGGGCGCAGCAACACAGUUGAUCCUUUGCCAUUAGAGAAAAGCUGAACAGAGGGGUAAUGCUUAAAGCAAAAUACGCGCCACUACUUUUGGCGCGUUGUUACAAAAUAAUGCAAGUCUUGGGACUGUAACUUGAAGGGUUAUAACGCCUUUCCUCCCACGAAAUCUACGCCAAUAAUGCGCAGCGGAGACAAUGCCGGUGGCGAAUCUGCCAAAAUAAUCUGUGCAAUUUGUUACGAAGAUGUGAAACCCCUGUUCGAGGAUCUGCAGUCUGUUUCCCUUUGCGGCCAUGUUUUUCACGAACUCUGUUUGCAACAAUGGCUGGAAUACUCGCCCCCAAACAAAAAGGCCAGCUGUCCCGUGUGCAAACAUUCGUGCUCUGGGAAAGACGUUCACAGGCUUUACUUUCAGUCUACGUCGGAGUUCACUCAGAAAACAAGCUCUCAGACUUCCUCCGUCCUUCAUUCGGAAAAUGCUGAGGUGUUAGGGGAAACGGUGAAAAAACUAGAGUGUCAGCUUGCCGUCGCUGCUGCUGCCUUGGAGACUCAGCAAUGUCAAAUGAAAGAAUUAAGUGAACAGAUCUCCUUAUGUAAAGAUCGUGCUGAAAAAGCAGAUGCAGCAAGGGCAAAAGCUGUCAAAGAUAAAAAUUGUUCCGAAGCAUCACUUCUGAGAAAGCAGGAGGAACUUUCAAAAUCAACAACAGAAUGCUCAAAAUUAUUGGAGAAAAAUACAGCUCUGGCAAAAGAACUUGCUGCUCACAAAUUAGUAGCGAACUUAGAUCUAGAGGAGGAACAAGUUUUGAAGCUUGCAUGUGUUGGCCGUGGAUCAAAUACAGAUGAUAUUAUUGACACACUAAGAAAAUCUCUUGUCAUUCGGAACAAGAGUUACAAGGAGCUGCUAGAAAAAUGCAAUCAUCUUGGAAUGGGUGAAAAUCAUUCUCUUCGGAAGCUGGAAAAGGCAGUUGAGAGGAUAAAGAGGCUAAAGGCAAGGGUACAGGAACUUGAAAGGACCCUUGAAGAAAAAGAGAAUGUAGCCAUAAGGUCUCUCACAAAUUCCAAUGCAACUCAAGUGAAAGUAGAUUAUUCAGUUAUUAAAAAAUAUAACGCUUUGAACACUUCUCAAGACAUCAAAUCAACAACUCCAUUAAACAACUUCAAUGCAGUCUCCCAAAAGUUUCAGGGUCAAUUAUCAGAGACAUGCCAAUCAGCUCAGAAGAAUGGAGAUUCAUCCAUUAUGCAGGGUACUGAAAGGCUGCAAGAUUUUGGUGUGAGCAAUGUAAGCAUUAUAAGGUGUGAUGAAAAUGCCAAUGAUCACAUAUCUCAUGACGCAGAUCAGCUUUUCAAUGGUGAAAAUGAAGGGCAACAAGGGGUCCAACAUACUCAUUCAUACCCACUCACUUCAAAAUGUACUAUACCAGGAGUUCCACAUGAUUUGGAGAGAGUAAAUGACAACGGAAUUAACUGGACAACAGACAGGCCAGUAACUUUGAGUUUACAUGAAGAAAUGCAAGGGGAGCCAAUGGGUAUUGUCGAUGAUAAUUCCUUCUUACCUAUUAAAAGGGAAGCGGGGCGAGCUCAUCUUGGGUCUUCACUGAUAAGUGAAGAGCCUAUGACAGGAGGCUCUAUUGUGUCUAAAUCACCAAAUGAAAUUGCUGGGAAAUGGUGCAGACAAGCUAAAAGUUCAUUAUCUUCACCAGGACAAAAUCAAGAGACUCUUUCCAGUGGAAAAUUUAUUGCUGUAGGAGCCAAUGGGCGAGGUGGACAGAUAAAAGUGCUUAAGAAUCCAAGACAACCUUUGGAUACAGGCUUAGGCUCACUCUGGUCCAGACAGCCAAAACGUUGCAAAGCUCAAAAAGGAAAAACCACUGUCAAUGAUCAAGGAGCUUUACAAAUCGAACAUUUUUUUCAAAGGACAAGCCAGAAUUAAUUUGCUGGCAUUUCAGCAAGAUAUCAAAGAUUAAAGGCUUGAAUUUUAAUACAAAUUUUGAUUGUUUUAUCUCUUUUAAUUAAAAUGCAUGCCCCAUCUUUUUAAAAGCAGUUUUAAUAUUUUUUAAGGCACAUGUUUUUUGAUCUUCGCAUUUCAUGGUAAAAGUCAAAUAGACAUUAUAAAGCCACUAUAAGUGUAAGUGGUGGAUAUAUUGAGUCCUUGACUUAAGUUCAGAAGGCUGACAUUUUUUGGGGACAAGCUUAUCUUAUGAUUGAGAAAAUUUCCUCACUGGCUUUAAGCUCUUGGUUUUUGAUAGCAUCUACAUAUGUGCUCAAGCAUAUCAUCCACAAGGGGCAUUCAAUCUUGGGUAGUUAUCAUGAGUUUUGGAUUAACGUUGGUGACUCCAACUACUUGAGGAUAGUAGUAUUGCUUGUAUUUGCUGCUGUGAAUUAGCCCAAUGGAAUUGGCAUUGGUAAUUUCUUCAUCAUAGUUAUCUUGAUUAUACGUUUAUGAUGUUUACAAAUGGCUCAAUGCUAUACCAUUUGUCAACCUUUUGUGCUUAUAACUACAUAAAUUGUUUAUAUCCUUGAAGAAAAUAUCAAACUCAUUUCAUU